UGAGAGCACAUUCCAAGUGAACCCCGGCUUAGACAAUGAGGGGUGGGACAAAACUGUAUAUUUUAAAAUCUGUAAUCUAACCCCUAAAUCAAGAACAUUGCUCAACGUUUGCUUUACACUUAUCGAGAUGGACUCGUCGGGAGUCGAUCGGGGAAUGUUUAUUUCCAAGCGGAAGAAGUCUGUUUCGUCUUCGAGAAGCGGUUUCUUGUUUUCGGUUUAUCAGCUCGAGAUUUGACUGGAGAUAUAUGCCACGACUCGACGUGCUCUGCGUUACGGCGAUCUACGCGACAUUUCGCUCGGGGAAAUGGGGCAGAUCGGACUGUAAGUGAAUGAAAACUUAACCGUGGAGAGUUUAACUGAAGAGUUUACGCCGAGAGUACCAGGAUGUGGAAAAAGUUAAGGAUCCAGCACAUCUGGAUAUGAGUUGCGCCGCUGAUUUCCCUACAGUCGCCGUUAGAAGAUAAUGGUUUUAUGCUUUGAGUAAUGAGAGACGAGUUUCAUAAACUGAUGCAGUUUGAUCAACUUCAUUCGUGAGUGAGCGCAAGACGAAAAUCAGACAUGAAGGCUUCUGAGAUGCUCGCUGUACUGUUUGUUUUGGUGCAUUCGAGGAGUUACACAACUCUCGCAGAUCACGUUCAGAUGACAGACCCUCCCCCAGAGAAUAAUGAAGGCGAGGAGGGCCAUUUACAGUGCAGCUGUGAGAACACAGUUUGUGAAAACAACACCUGCAGGGGCCGUAUCUGUUUCUACAGUUCAGUCCAUGAGCGGGUAGUCAGGGGCUGUUUUCCCACCCGCGAGCAGUGUCAUGUGCCCAAAGUACCUGAAGUGUAUACCGAGUGCUGCGUCACACACUUCUGUAAUGCAAACCUCACUAUGCCUGAAAAAACAGUGGAAAAGCCCAUCAGAGUGAUUCUGCUGGUGGGACUGCCGUUGCUGGUGCUGCUGGUGUUGUCGAUGGCAGGCUGUGGGCUCGUGUUGUGGCUGCGUACGAGGGGACAGCACCACCAGCUGGUGGAGCACGACCCUUCCAUGCUCAAAGUCCCCAGUGGAGGGGACCUAACAUAUGGGGACAUAUUUGAUGAGUUUUGUACGUCGGGCAGUGGGACCGGCCUGCCUUAUCUGGUGCAGAGGACCAUGGCUCGACAGAUCUCUCUGGUUGAGUGUGUUGGUAAAGGGCGUUAUGGAGAAGUAUGGAGAGGUACCUGGAUGGGAGAGAGUGUGGCUGUCAAGAUUUUCUCCUCUCGUGAUGAACAAUCCUGGUUUAGAGAGACUGAAAUCUAUAACACGGUCCAACUAAGGCAUGAAAACAUCUUGGGCUUCAUAGCAUCGGACAUGACAUCUAAAAACUCCAGCACUCAGCUGUGGCUCGUCACGCACUUCCAUGAGUUGGGCUCCCUCUACGACUUCCUGCAGAACAGCAAGCUGGACCCCGAGGGCUGCCUGCGCAUGUGCCUGUCCAUCGCCAGCGGCCUUGUGCACCUCCACACCGAGAUCUUCAGUACGCAGGGCAAACCGGCCAUUGCACACCGAGACCUGAAGAGCCGCAACAUUCUGGUGAAGAGAAAUGGACAGUGCUGCAUUGCAGACCUCGGCUUGGCUGUCAUUCACUCUCAGUCUAAUGAUUAUCUGGAUGUGGGCAACAACCCGAGGGUGGGCACCAAGCGUUACAUGGCACCAGAGGUUUUGGACGAAAGUAUUCGCGUUGACGUUUUUGAGUCUUAUAAACAAACUGACAUCUGGGCCCUGGGACUCGUCUUGUGGGAGAUAACUCGUCGAACUAUUGUAAACGGGAUUGUGGAGGAGUACAGACCGCCGUUCUUUGACGUGGUGCCCUCUGACCCCAGUUUCGAGGAGAUGAAGAAAGUGGUGUGUGUGGACCAACACAGGCCCAGUCUCCACAAUCGACUACAUUCUCAUCCGAUCCUGUCUGCAAUUGCGAAGAUUAUGAAAGAGUGCUGGUUCCAAAGUUCUUCAGCUCGACUCACUGCUCUGCGUGUGAGAAAGACCCUCUCCAAACUGGACCAGGACCAUGACUACGACAUCGACAAGCUCAAACUGGACCUCUAAAAUAAACCUCCUUUCGUGCAUAGCCAAGGAAGUUGAAUUCUAAUGGACCCACAUGACAUAUUUAUCCAUCUGAGUACUUUUAGACUCUUUUAAGCCUUUCAAGCUUCUUGUUUAAAGGCUCCACUGAACAUGGCUUAUCUUAUCAUGACAUUAGUUCACUGUGGGAAGUCUCUCCUCAAAUAUAUACCCACAUGAAUGCUUUUCCAGGACCGGCAUAUUACAACAAGGUGACUCAUUUGUUACUGAAAUCAAAAUAAGGCUGAUGAAUCCACCAAAUUCUUUUUAGUAUAGUGAGAGUGAGAAGGGUUUUUUUCAGUCAGGAUGUGGGUCAUUUUGGACUUCCUAACUGCUGUGUUUCCUGAAAUUCUUAACUUCCUAAACAUGACUGUAACCUAGAAAGGUUGGCAGAUGCUUUAGACUGUUGCACUUAUUUUUUGGAAGCUGUUUUUUGAUUUCAUGAAAGACUGGACCAUCUUUUUAAGAACAAGAAAUGCAUCGCAACUUGCACCAAGUAAAAUAUAAACUGUUAAAUAUUUUUACACAAUCAAAAUUACAGUUUCAAUACUCUUGCUGUGCUAUAUCAUUUUUAUAAUGUACAAUAUAAUUGCUUUUUUUAAAAAUAAUCAUAAAAAAAAUUGUAUACAAGUUCUUUUGCACAAAAUAUUGUUAUUUUCACUUCAAAUAAUAGUAUUUAAGUAUUAAUAAAACUUCAGGAUACUGAAGCAGA